AUGGUGUGUUAUGAGGUCCUGUGGGAAAAGCUACAGAGGAGAAAUAUUUCUGAUGAUGUUGUGGGAAUAUUUCAAUUCUGGUAUGGCAAUCAGAUAAAUGUGGUCAAAUGGGCAGAUUGUUUUUCAGAUGAGUAUAGGCUAGAAUGUGGGGUGCGGCAGGGGGGGAUUUCCUCACCUACACUUUUUAAUUUGUACAUGGAUAGCCUGAUUGAGGAACUCAGCAGCAUGCAUGCUGGUUGCUACAUGGACGGCGUUGCUGUCAAUAAUCUCAGUUACGCAGAUGAUAUGGUACUGCUGAGGCCCUCAAUCAGCGCGCUUCGUAGCCUACUACAUGUAUGUGAAAAAUAUGCUACAAGCCAUGGUCUAAUGUAUAACACCAGUAAAAGUGAGUAUAUGAUCUUUGGUCUUGGAGGAAAAGUGGCUGAGGUAUCGCCUAUUAUGCUCAAUGGGUCACCUCUUAACAGAGUAUCCAAAUUUAAAUAUUUAGGACACGUCAUAACAGAGGAUCUCAAAGAUAGUGUGGAUAUUGAACGGGAACGCAGGGCGCUGGCUGCAUUUUGCCAAUCCUUUUACACGAGCAGCCUGUGGAUUAACUAUACUCAGAAGGCAUACAGCGCCCUGCGCGUUCAAUAUAAUAAUAUAUUUAGGAUGCUGUUGCGGCUACCUCGUUUUUGCAGCACGUCCACUAUGUUUGCAGAAGCGGCCACGGACGACUUCUAUGCCAUCAGGCGCAAACGUGUCGCUACAUUCUUAAACAGAAUACGGGAUAGCGGCAACAGUAUCCUUAGUGAACUCCAAAAUGGAUAG